AGGAGAAGCAGGAAAGAUGGCGAUCAUGCACUAGACCGGGCACACGCAUGAGACACAAAACAACUUUUAGGAACGUCGCUUUUCUGGACGACCCCCAGGUAUUCUGGAUUUUUCAGGGAGUCCUUGGUGAUGGAGGUGCUACAGUGCGAUGGUUGUGACUUCCGGGCAGAAUCAUAUGAUGACCUAAAGGCACACAUUCAGGAUGUCCACACAGCUUUCCUGCAGCCCACAGCAGUCAGUGAUUCUUUCAGCCACAUGGAAGAUGAAGAGGAUCUUGCUCCUUUAAACUGUGAAUAUGGAUCACCCAGUGAACAAUCAGGCCAACAUUCCUUUGACUCUGGGCACUUUUCAGACUCAAACCAAAUUAAAUACACUCUAUCAGCAAAUAUGCUGACCAAGCCUGCAAACCAUUUUUUCCAGUGCAAGUUCUGUGUUCGCUAUUUCAGAUCAAAGGCUCUCCUAAAUGAACAUACCAGGAAAGUGCAUGGCAUCUUAGGUGGUACUUCACUUAGUGAUAGAUGUUCACCUGGCUCCCAGACUUCCAAGCAGUCAAAUUACAGAAUCCCUAUGCACGAUGGUUUUGGAAAAGUGUUUUCUUGCCAGUAUUGCACGUAUAAAUCUCCACGUCGAGCCAGGAUUCUAAAACACCAGAAGAUGUAUCACAAAGGCAGCAUGCUCAGCUCUUCAGCAUCUCCACCUGAGAAUGUUACAGAGUCUUGCUCUAGUGAAAUGCCAUCUGAAGAACUCUGCAGUGACCUACCUGGGGAAGUGGUUGACCGUAGUGUUUUGGAAUCAAUGGUUAAACCUUUGACAAAGUCCCGUGGAAACUUUUCCUGUGAAUGGUGUUCUUACCAAACCUUCCGUCGAGAACGGUGGUGCGAUCACAUGAUGAAGAAACAUCGCAAUAUGGUGAAAAUAAUGUCAGCAGUUCACCAGCAUCAAGAGGAAGGGGAAAGUGCUGGUUCCUUAAGGUCUGACUCACCAUCCUCACCUAGAAGCACCACCAAUUCCAACAUCUUAUCAGAUAGCCUAAAUGGAAAUGAAAAUUCUUCAGUGAACAGAGGAGCUUCUGGAAAUACUGUACUCAAUCUCACUUCUGGGCAAACCAACAAAAUUUCAUGUUAUCAGUAUUCACAGGCUAAAUCUAAAGUACCAAACAGUACAGCAUCAUCAGUUUUAUCUGAAAGAUCAACAUUUGUAAUGUCAGACAUAUCAAAUUCUGAUAUGGACAUAGACACAAACAUCACAGUAAAUGAUUCCCAAAGUAGCUCAGAUGAUGAACUUGUGGACUUGGAUGAUGCAAAUACCACAAGCUCUGUACUGAAUGAAGAUUCUGCAAAACUCCUUCUGUCUGAAGAAGAUAAUAAAAUGCUGGAAACAAAAGGAAUACCAUUCAGGAGGUAUAUGAACAGGUUCCAGUGUCCUUUUUGUUCAUUUCUCACCAUGCAUCGGCGGAGCAUAUCUCGUCACAUUGAAAACAUACACUUAUCUGGCAAGACAACUGUGUACAAAUGUGACGAAUGCCCAUUCAUUUGCACAAGUCUUCUCAAAUUAGGUACUCACAAGCAAUUUCACAUAGAAGGAUCACCAGACUGGGACCAUGUAGACUUACAAAAUGAAAGCCCUGAUGUUCAACAAGAAGUAUCAGAACCAGUUAAUGGAGAAAGUGUCAUCACAAAAAUUAAUGGCAAAAACACGGGAAAUGAAGUCAACCAACAGAAUCCUCACCGGUGCACUCUCUGCACAUUUUCCACAACUACACUGAAAGGCCUCCGUGUCCACCAACAACACAAGCACUCUUAUUGUGACAACAUGCACACAUCAAAUCUUGAAGCAUCAUUGAAUGAGCAGCAGGACUCUGAAUCAGAAACAAACAACUCUUCAAACUUUGUACAAAAAACUCAGACAUCAAUUUUAGGAUUUUCAUCCAAAAAGCACUCAGUAAACAAAAGUGCAAGGAAGUCCAUUAAUGAUCUUCCUUUGGAUCUUUCACCAGCUAAGAAAAGGACAAGAAUAGAUGAAAUUGCCAAUAACCUUCAAAGCAGGAUCUGUCAAAGCAAGCAGCUAGAGGACACAGUAAUCAACUUGGAGGAAAUUUAUGAUGGUGAAGAGGAGGAUGAGAACAAUGCUGAAACAGGUGUGUGUGAAGGGACAGAAAGUGCUCAAACUGAACAGGGAAACCACUACCAAAAGCAAAAAAUAUAUAUGAAUGAAUCGGUGGAUUCUCAAAGGGACAGCAUAAUGGCACCAAGGAAACACAGCCUUCAGUCAAAAUUUAGUUCAAGACACAUUCCAGCCCAAGUUAUUAUCUCAGAUGAUGAGGAAAAUGAGAAUGAUAUUGGUGUUUCUACAGAAUCAAAAACUCUUCAAGACAGAGGUAGCCAAGACAGCAGAGAUGCUUUCCAGGAUAAUCUUGAUUACAGUGAAGAUGCUGGAAUGCUGUUUUACUGCAAACACUGUGAAUACCAUAACAAGUCUGCCCGCAGUGUGAGCACUCAUUAUCAGAGAAUGCACCCAUAUAUUAAGUUUAGCUUUAGGUAUAUUCUUGAUCCAGAGGAUCAAAGUGCUGUCUUCCGUUGCUUGGAAUGCUAUGUUGAAUACACAAACUUUGAUGAACUUAAUCAACACUACAUGGAUCAUCACCCUGAGGCCAUAAAUGUUCUCAACUUCAAUCAGUCUGAUUUAGUGUACAGGUGCCGUUUUUGCUCAUAUACCAGUCCGAAUGUUCGGAGCUUGAUGCCUCAUUACCAAAGAAUGCAUCCAACAGUGAAAAUAAAUAAUGCCAUGAUCUUCUCCAGUUAUGUGGUUGAACAGUCUCAGAAAGGUGCUGAAUCACAAACUCUGAGAGAAAUUUUAAACUCGGGCCCCAAAAGCUUUUGUACUUCAACCAGUGUAUAUACGUCAUCAGUCCAAUCUAGUCCUGUUCACAGAAGCCUCUCAAAGAUGCAGGAGUCGAACACAGAAGCAGAAGGUCUUAAAGAAACAAUGGAUAACAGUAUUGUGGUCUAUGACUGUGACAUCUGCUCUUUUGCUAGUCCUAAUGUGCACUCUGUAUUAGUUCACUAUCAAAAGAAGCACCCAGAGCAAAAAGCUUCUUACUUCCGUAUUCAAAAAACCAUGAGGCUGAUCUCCAUGGAUAGGUGUCAGACUUCAACUAAUAAAUCUUAUGGUCUAAAUGUACCUAAUAUCUCAAAGAACUCAAGUCUGGUUCCUUUUGAAGUCGAUGAAGAAAUUUACUACUGCAAACACUGUGUCUACAGCAACCGCUCUGUGGUGGGUGUUCUCGUACAUUACCAAAAGAGGCAUCCGGAAAUAAAAGUGACUGCCAAAUAUAUCAAGCAUGCCCCUCCUUCCCCUGGCUUAAUGAAACUCAUGGACGAGUUACAAAUUGCACCACCGAAGCAGUUUUUAAACCAGUUCAGCAAUGGAAUAGAUGUGUCCAGUGCUUCCUACCCUGGUCCUGGAGGAGACAAAGGGGAGGUAGAAAUGCUUUUCUUCUGCCAACAUUGUGACUAUGGAAACCGCACAGUUAAAGGUGUGUUGAUUCACUAUCAAAAAAAGCACAAAGAUGUAAAAGCCAAUGCUGACUUGGUUCGCAAGCAUACUGCUGUUGUCCGAAGCCAGCGAGAACGGGCUCAAAUGGUUCAGUCUGGAAACAUGUCUGGAAUACCCUCUACAUAUGAUUUGGACAAAACUAAGGCACUUCGAUCCUUAAAAUGCAGACACUGUUCUUACACCUCUCCAUAUGUGUAUGCUUUGAAGAAGCAUCUUAAGAAGGAUCACCCUACUGUCAAGGCCACAGCUAUGACCAUUUUACACUGGGCUUAUGAAGAUGGCAUUUUAGAGGCUGGAUAUCACUGUGAAUGGUGCAUCUAUUCCCAUGCUGAACCAAGCGGGCUGCUUAUGCAUUACCAAAGACGUCACCCAGAGCACAACGUUGACUAUACAUAUAUGGCCAGCAAGUUGUGGGCUGGUCCAAAUGCUACUUCCUCCCAGCAAGUGGAAAAUUUGGACUCUAAACUCUACCAGUGCAGAGAUUGUGCCUUUGAGGCUUGUUCCAUCUGGGAUAUCACUAACCACUACCAAGCUGUGCAUCCCUGGGUCAUCAAAGGAAAUGAUUCUGUGCUCCUGGACAUUAUAAGAGGUAACCAAACAGCAGAGCAAAUGAGGAGUCCUACUGACAAAGGGCCAGUCACUGGAUCCAGUCCAUAUAACAACAAUCAUCUUGUGCAUGAUGAGGAGUCAUUCGACAUUACAGGACAGUCUGCAGAAGUUGUCCCUCAGCUGUCCUUUGCCAGUACUUCCAUUUCAAAUAAUCCAUACCAAUGCACUGUUUGUCUUUCUGAAUAUAACAGCCUUCAUGGACUGUUAACUCACUAUGGCAAAAAACACCCAGGCAUGAAAGUCAAGGCUGCUGACUUUGCACAAGAAGCAGACAUCAAUCCUGGUUCAGUUUAUAAGUGUCGGCAUUGUCCAUACGUGAAUUCUCGGAUACAUGGUGUGCUUACUCACUACCAAAAGAGGCAUCCACUGGUCAAAGUUACUGCUGAGGAUUUUGCUGAUGACAUUGAGCAAGUUAUUGAUAUUAAUGAAGGGGAAGAGAAGUCCAAAUCUCAGAGACAAGGAUAUGGUGCUUACAGGUGCAAGAUGUGUCCCUACACUCACGGAACUUUAGAAAAACUGAAAAUUCAUUAUGAAAAGUAUCACAAUCAGCCAGCUUCAGAUAUGUUUGCCCCUUCCCUUGUAAAUAUCAAUAAAGAUGAUACUGUUGCUGAGUGCAGCAGCACCAGUGUAGAUGAAGUACAAGACAUUACUGACUUUCAGCUGGCACUUGCUGAAUUUCCCAUUGACAAAGGAGAAAAACAUGCUGUGUUCAAGUGUCAGCUUUGCAAAUACUUCUGCUCCACUAGGAAAGGUAUUGCUCGCCAUUAUCGCAUCAAACACAAUAAUGUUCGGGCUCAGCCUGAAGGAAAGAACAAUGUCUUCAAGUGUGCGCUCUGUUCCUACACAAAUCCUAUUCGUAAAGGUUUGGCAGCACACUACCAGAAGCGACAUGACAUUGAUGCAUACUAUACACAUUGCUUGGCAGCCUCUAAAACCUUUGGUGAAAAGCCAAACAAAGUGGUGGUACCUGUUUCCUCUCAGGCCAGUGGACCUAUACUGAGUGAGGAGCUGAGACUGGCUGUGGAAAGGAGGAAAUGUUCUAUUUGUACUUUCCAAACAUUCAGCAAGAAGAGCAUUAUCUCACAUUACAUUAAGAGACAUCCUGGGGUAUUUCCUAAAAGACAGCACUCCAGCAAGCUUGGGCGCUACUUUACUGUAGUCUUUGCCCAGGAGCCAGAGAAACAAAUUCCUGUGGAGAAGGAGAACCAUACUGAGGAGAAGUUGGAGGAAGAGGUGGAGGGGGAUAUGGAAUGGCUGCCAUUCAAGUGUUUAAAAUGUUUCAAGCUGUCUUUCAACACAGCAGAACUGCUCUGCAUGCACUACACAGACUAUCACAGCCAGAAAUUCAAGCGGGACUUCACCACCCUUCUUGGUCCUACACAGGAGGAGGGGACAGAAUGCUAUGAAUGUUCCCACUGUGAGCUCAAAUUCCUUGCCCUUCAAGAACUCAGCACCCAUCUGACUAAUCACAAUGAAGAGUUCCAGAAGAGGGUCAUACGAGAGGAGAGAAUAAGGCAGCUUUUAAGUAAGCCUAAUGCACCAGAGCACCUAGAGGCCAAGGUGGAGAAGAUCAACAAUGAAUCACACAAAGUCCCGAUUGGCUACAGGUGUAACUUCUGUGUAGAGGUUCACCCGACUUUGAGAGCCAUUUGCAAUCACCUGAGGAAGCAUGUUCAGUAUGGAGAGGUCAAGGCAGGGCACAUGAAGCAGGAAUUAAUAGAAGACACUCUGACCAUCCCAGGGGAGAGUGUGAUGAACUUGAAUGUGGCCAACGGGGCAGGCAAGGAUCCAGGCCUUGUGGAGACAAGUAUAGCAGUUGCUCCUGUCCAUAUCCCCUCUCCCAAUGUGGCGGCAGCUCCUGUGGGCUCGGGUCAGGAACCUGGGGGAGUAGCAGAGGGAAGGCCGAGGCUUGGGAGUACUCACUCCUGCAGCCAAUGUGGGCGCGUGUUCAUGUCUACACAGGGCCUCCGCUCCCAUGAGAGGAGCCACUCUGCCACAGCACUGUUCUCACGUGAUGACAAGUACAGCUGCCAGUACUGCCAGUUUGCAUCCCCCUUCAGGCACAACUUGGAUCGGCACAUUCAGUCCCACCACGGUCACCACAAGCCUUUCCGCUGCAAGCUGUGCCCUUUCAAGUCUGCUUACCUGAGCCGACUGAAGAACCACCUGCACAAAACACAUGGAGGUGAGAACACGUACAAAUGCUUGUCCUGCCCCUUCUCCACGAUGACCAUCAGCCAACUAAAGGAGCACUCUCUAAAGGCUCAUGGGGAGACCCUCACCCUUCCCAAACUUCGCGCUGCUACCCACGCUGCCCUCCGCAACACCAGACUAACCCAGAACAGUGACCAGCCUCUCCCUGUUCCUGAAUCUCAGGAACCUACAUAUUUGGAACUCCCAGAUGUCCAGCAGCAGCUCAGUCACCAUCAGCUGGGAUCCCACAAUCAGGCUACCUCCAGCCCACCUCUCUCAUUGGGAAUGGAGCCCCGGCUUGAUGGGGUCCUCACUUGUGAGUUUUGCGACUUUAGCUCGGGAUACAUGCAAAGCCUGCGCAGGCAUUACAGGGAUCGCCAUGGUGGCAAGAAGCUCUUCAAGUGCAAGGACUGCUCCUUUUUUACAUGCCACAAGUCAACGUUGAUUGUACAUGUGGAAGCUGGACACACCACGGUUCAUGAGGACAAUCCUCAAGAGCUGCACUGCCCGCUCUGCCCCUAUCAUACUGAACACAAGAGCAAUAUGAUAGACCAUAUCGUCCUACACAGUGAUGAGCGGAUAGUACCGCUGGAGGUCAGCCACUCUUCGCCGUCCUGCCACCUGCAGGGUGUGGUUUUCCGCUGUCACGAGUGCACCUUCAGCUGCUCCAACGAUGAGGCCCUGCAGCUGCACGUGUGUGAGCAUGGCGAGCGAAAGCCCUACACGUGUCAGUUGUGCUACUAUGACAGCAGGCAGCGCCUGGACCUGGAGGCACACCUGCGAGACAAGCACAAGGUGAUCCGAAACUUCGAGUUAGUUGGACGCGUUAAUCUUGAUCAGCUAGAGGCCAUGAGAGAGAAGCCCAGUAGCUUAAGCAGUGCUGAGGAGGAAGGAGACCUUGAGGAAGAGGAGGAGGGUCAUGGCAGUGAGGAUGUAGAGGAGACUGAGCAGCCUGAGCCAGAUGCACCCACAUCGCCAAGUAGCAGGAUGUCUGGCUCUGAUGGGAGACGCAUUUCCUGCGAAUUUUGCGGCCGCACUUUUACCCACAGCGCUGAGUGGGAACGCCAUGUUCUCCGACAUGGCAUGACUGUUGCCUCUGUCAAGAAGGAGGACAGCCCCACCCAGAUAUCUGCUUCAGAGUCUGAGAUGUGCUCCACAGAUAUGGUGGUGCACAGUGAUGGAAACCUUCCUGUUGCUGCCAAGAGUGCGGAGUGUGGAUACCCUCUAGACCUGGCAAGAAGGGAAGUGAUAAAAAUGGAGGACAAUGAAACACCUCAAACCAAAAACAAUCCUUAGGAAAAUAACGUACUAUGGCUUUUGUACACAGUGUAUGUGAAAAUUUGGAUUUUUAGUGUGGAGAGGAGACAAAAAA